CCUUCUAGUCCAAUAGAGAAACUUGUGGCCCCUAAACACUAUGCAGGUGACUUUUCCUUAAUUAUAGACUUCACUCUUUACUGGGAAGGAGUUAUUCCAAUGAAUAAGUAGCUCCUAAACACACUGGGGACUCUUUCCUGUUGUGGUGUUGUGGAGCUAAGAGGGAGCCGCCCUUAAUAGAAAAGAAAAUUGAGAGUCAGAAAUUAAACAACUGAGUUCACCUACCCCAAGAGGAAAGUAGUGAUUUCUCUGAAAAGCCCGACACUGCCAUCAUGGCAGGGAAACCCAUUCUUCACUACUUUGAUGGACGGGCCAGAAUGGAGUCCAUCCGGUGGCUCUUGGCCGCAGCUGGCGUAGAGUUUGAAGAGAAAUUCAUGAAAACUCGAGAAGACUUGGAAAAGUUAAGAAAAGAUGGGAGUUUGAUGUUCCAGCAGGUGCCCAUGGUGGAGAUCGAUGGGAUGAAGCUGGUGCAGACCAGAGCCAUUCUCAACUACAUUGCUGCCAAAUACAACCUCUAUGGGAAGGACAUAAAGGAGAGAGCCCUAAUUGAUAUGUAUUCAGAAGGGAUGACAGAUUUGAAUGAAAUGGUCCUUCUUUACCCAUACCUUCCAUCUAGGGACAAAGAUGGAAGACUUACUCAGAUCAAAGAGAAAUCAAGAAACCGUUACUUUCCUGCCUUUGAGAAGGUGUUAAAGAGCCAUGGGCAAGACUACCUGGUUGGCAAUAGGCUGAGCAAGGCUGACGUCCACCUAACUGAACUUCUCUACCACACAGAAGAGCUGGACUCCACUGUUCUUGCCAACUUCCCUCUACUGAAGGCCCUGAGAACCAGAGUCAGCAACCUGCCCACAGUUAAGAAGUUUCUGCAGCCUGGCAGCCAGAGGAAGCCCUUUGAUGAUAGAAAAUGUGUGGAAAUAGCAAGGAAGCUUUUCAGUUAAAUGGAGGCAGACAUGGAGACAUACAAUACUGGGCUUUAUCCAAAUGUUGAUCCUGAUUACGAUGAGGCUAACACAGUUUCCCAAAAUUUCUGUGCUAAUUUAGUUAGAAAGGAGCUAUGCAGAUUUCUUUGCAAUGCAGUCUAUUUAGUUUUGGUGAAGUUUUAUAACCAUGAUCACUACCUGGGAUCUCUUUAAAUUUGAUAGAAUAGAGAAAGUUUCUUAUUCACUGGUCUAUUUAAAAAUUGUCAUAACAUCUGUCAUGUACUAUCUCAAAGAAAAUUAGGUAGAAAUUUUCAUCUGAUACUCUGCUUAGGCAAAAAUAUUUUUUUGUUUUGUGUUUUGCUACCUUUCUCACCAAAACACAUUAAAAACAAACCUAUAAAGAACCAUUUUCUUUCAA